AACACUUUUACUCAGAGAGUUAUCACUGUCAACUGUCAAAAACAUAACCUUGUAAUACAACAACUGCUUCAAAAUACAAAUUCUGUUGGAAUCUAAAAUAGUAAUUGUAUUGUAUUUUACGACAUGGCUUCUAAGGAAAGUGAUAAGAAUAAGGGAGCACAAGGCGAUAAUAAAGAAAAACGGAGAAAAGAAUCAAUAUUAGAUUUAAGCAAAUAUUUGGAGAAAAGUAUACGCGUAAAGUUUGCUGGUGGGCGGGAAGCAGCAGGAAUAUUGAAAGGAUAUGAUCCACUUUUAAAUUUGGUUUUAGAUAACACUACUGAGUUUCUUAGAGAUCCUGAUGAUCCUUACAAAUUAUUAGAUGAUACAAGAGCACUAGGACUUGUUGUUUGUCGAGGAACUUCUGUUGUGUUAAUUUGUCCCGUGGAUGGGAUGGAAGCAAUUCCAAAUCCUUUUAUAACUCAAGAAUGAUAAAAUUUAUGUAUUAUCUAUACCUUUAAAAUAAGUGCAUUUGUGUAAGUUAAUUAAAAAAUAAGGUUUAUACAUUUA